AACAUUCCUGGGCGUGAACGUUUUCUCGUCUUAGUUUCUCGAAAUUACGAUUUAAAAGAUUUCCGUGAACGCGGCACGGGGGUCAACAAAUAUGGCCAUCCGUUAGCUUCCUGAUAGCUGGUUUAGUCUUGCUCACGGAAAGCUCUAGUUACCUGAAUGGCGUCGUUCGGCUGGAAGAGGAAAGUCGGUGAGAAGGUCUCCAAGUCGGCGGUCCAGCAGUUCGCGGCCGAGGCGCAGGAGGCCGGAGAUGAUGGAGCGGGUCACCGCGAGCAAGAGGAGGUGGACUGGCUGCACGCCAUCAAACGACGGCGCGAGAUCCUGAUGGAGGACUGUGCCGCGAUGAGCAAGAGGCUGGCGGACGAGGGCGCGCUGCUGGCCGGCGAGGGCAGGCACUGGGAGGCCAUUAAGAAGUGGGACGAGGCCAUUCAGCUGACUCCAGACAACCCACUACUGUAUGAGAUGAAGUCUCAGGUGCUGACCACUCUGCAGGAAGUGUUCCCAGCAGUGAAGGCUGCGGAGAUGGCCGUCAAGUUCCGCCCCCUUUGGUGGGAGGGCUGGCAGACCCUGGGCCGUGCUCAGCUCAACCUCGGUGAGGUGGACCUGGCUGUGAGAUCUUUCCAGGUUGCGAUCCACCUGUGCCCAUCAGAGCGCACCCUGUGGCAAGAAGACCUGGCAUGGGCAUGGAGGUUGCAGAGGCAACAUUUAGCAACCAAGGAGAAAACUCGGCAAGAGGAGGAGACCAAAAACCAGAUCCUCAACGCCCCCGAGCUUGAGCAGGACUAUGAUUUUGAGUCUGACGAGGUGCUGGCCGCCUGCGUGGCCGUCGCGGAGCGACAGACGCGUUAUGAGGAGCUGAAGAGGACCGCGGUGGUCAUGGACUCAGAGGGGAAUAUAAAAAAUGUACUCACCGGGGAAGGGCCAUCAGGGGACACAGCCACAACAUCACAGGAGCAGUUCGUCAAAGCGAGAGGACUUUAAUCUGAUCUCAGCGUGAAUCAAUCGCCCUGGCUCCUUUUUUCUGUUUUUUGUUCUUUUUUAGGCCUGUUACACAAAAAGGCAACAAAUUCUAGCUAAUAGUUAUGCAACAACUUAUAACCAUUCACUGCUGUUCUGCUGUUUUUAAAAUUUACAUAUUGAUUGUGUUAAACGUGCAUGUCAGGUUUUUCCCGUGCAUGCACAAAGAUGAAAGAUAUUUCACACAUCUAUCCAUCACAGGACGAGAGGCACCUAGUCACAUGUUGCAAAGAUGCAUUGAGACACUAAUGUGAAGCUACAAACUUUCCACAUCUGUUUCGUCUUAACGUGGACGUUUAUUAUAGAAUUACACAAGUGUUUCUCCGGAGAAGCACAAUAGCAGCUAAUGUUCUCUGUGGUUUCGCUACAAUCUACUUUCUGAUGCUUCUAAAAUAACAGACGUCUGUUGCUUUUAAAUAAAAAGAGAAAAAAAAACAGGAAUUUCAAACGGUGUCUGGUUGACAUUUGCUGUCUUUUUCAAUUCACUGCGUGAGCUUGAAAAGUCCGAAAAUUUCCCUCGAAAGGCCUUUAUCCCCUGUGAAGGUGUCAAAGUGAGUAUUACUGUCUGUAACUAAAAAGAGAACGCAGUACACGCUCAACAAAUCUGUGAUCAGUGAGCGAAUAAAUAAUCGAAUGUGUGAUA